GAUUAAAAAACGUCUGCUAGCUAGCUGGCCUAAAGCUGUACAUCAUUCUUCUUCUUUGACCUGUCGUUUCCUCCAUUUGGCAUUUAAUACUCUUACCCUUCUGUUAAGAUAAAAAAAUGUUGCCAGCCUUGUACACCUUCCACUCUGCUUCUAGAUGUGUCUUUUCUCCAAUUAGAUCGUUAUCUUUGAUCUUGAAGAAUUUCAGAGAUGAGACAGACUCAGAAUUUUAUGCUAAUAAAAAGGCAAAUAAUAACAAUGAUGGCUGUGGUGCACAGAUGGGAAAACAGUCUUUGAGAACUUCAAGAAGUAAACUUCUGAAAGAAAAAAUGCCAUAUUUAUCAUACCAGACAUGCAGAUAUUUUCGUGAUAGAUCAAAAACUUAUUCAAUACAGUUUAGUUGUAAGAAGUUGUUAUUAAUGAGGAAGACAAGUUUUCUUAAAUAUUCACUAAGCAUGAGAGACUUAAAAACAGAAACACAAGUGAGAUCCUACACAACUAAGAGUGUCAGUGAGACUUUGAUAGACUGGGAAAAUAAAUUGAAAGCUGCAUCGGUUCCAGAGCCAAGGUUAUCAGCUGAACACAUCAUUGCUCACAUCCUUGGUGUUCCAAGAGUAAGUGGUACUGAUCUUUUACAUGUCUUGUUUUUCACAACCUGUUUAAUUUUGUUUAGUUCUUAUUAUAAUGUAGUUAUUUUAAGAAAGAUAGUAAUGAGUUUUCAUUUAAAAUUUAGCUACGAAGAUAUGAGGGCCCUUGAUGGUGGAAAAGAAGGAUUAGACAUGAUAAAACCCAUCCUUUUGCAGUUCCAACAUCUUUUAUCUGCAGGCAAAUAUUUAAUUUUAGAGGUUGAUCCAUGUCAUCAGUACCUUGUUCCAGCAUGGAUGGCAAAGCAAAAGGAUAUGAAACUCAAGCUUUUAGAAGUUAUAAAGGAUUUUCAAGGAAAAGAAAGGUUUUUGAAAUUUGUUAAAUCCAAUUAAACAUCUGUAGUAGAGAUGCAGUGUACUGCAAAGUAGAACAUGUCAGAUUCAAGACUCCUCUAACAACUUUAUGUAGUGCUCUUGCCUUUAGUUAUGCAUAAGAUGGUGCUUGAGAUUAUUAAAAAAAAAUUAUGUAGAAAUUCCCUAUUUAGUUUUGCAACAUGAUCAUCUAGUUGGUAAUAGGGAAAUGGAAAAAUGGUAAUAUGUACCAAACAUGUCCUACUGUGUCAUAGAUUCAGUAUGUUUUACCAGAAGUGUUAUUUUUUUAUGUACAGCUUUUUUCUGUUCAUGAAAACUUAAUUCCCUUUGUUACAAGUGACAAUGUCACAAAAGUUACAAGUUCUAGAAUUAUGGUUUCUUUGGUAAACCAGGUUCAACAGAUGAUACCUUUGCCCAAGUAUUUCAACUUCACAAAGGAGGUAGUAAAAAAUUGACUUUUAAUUUCUUGGAAAGGGUAAUAAAGAAAAAUCUGGUUAUUGUAAUUUUUCAAAGAUAGGUCAGCAAUUGUAGGCUAUCCCAUUGUCAUGUUUUCUUUGUAUUUUGAAUGUAUAAUUCUCACAAAAAUUUUCACGUUCUGUUGGAGAUGAAUUAGGAGUCAUGUAGUUACAAUAUUAUCAUAGAAGUUCUUUCCAGAUGUAAAUUUUUUUUGAAGAAUGGAUUAUGAAUCCUGUGAUAUUGCUAUAGUUGGUUCACUUUCGGUAGAUUCUUGGGUGAGCCCUAUGCUUACGAGACGUUUGUUUGGUGACCUCGGAUUGGCUGGCACCAGGAGGUAGGCAGCUGGCUCAGUGUCUCGUAUAUUUGCUUGUAGCUUAGAAAAAUGACAAAUUUUAAACCAAUUUGCAUUUUUCAGAGCUAACAAACCUGAGGUCUUAACAAUAGGUCUUGUGCCAGCUGGAAACCGGUUACAACAAUCAAAGAUUAUAAAGCAAGGAACUGUGACAUCAGGCAACUCGUGUAUACGAGGUAGAAGCUGGUUGUCAACCAAGCAUGGUAUCUUGUGAUGCGUUAGACCUUUCUUUGACCGCUUUGGAGAGAAGUCGCUUUUACUCUCCUUCCAAGCCGGUUGCUUUGUUUGCCAGUUUCUCGAGUGUGUCUGUGUGUGUGAUUGUGCUUAUUGUGGAGUCCUCUCAGACUUCACAGCCUCAUCAACGCAUGUGCCCGGGCAUUCAGGGUUUUCUGUGCUCCAGGUUUUUGGCUGCUGCUAUUACAGAUCCUUAUACAACUGGCAGUAGGUGCUGAUCUAAUUUUUGUACUAUUAGUGAUCCCUGCCUGGGCCUAAAUCACAGAAAAGGGUGUUUUACAAUAAGAGGGAGCAUCGCAGAGUUUCUACUCGUCCUUCUUGGGAGGGUUUUUCUUCUUGUUUGGACAGUUUGGCUAACCCCCUCUUCCAGCAGCACUCCCCCUGCUUUAGUUGUUCCAUUGUCUCCUUUCUUUUCUUCCAUCAAUUUGUCGUUGGAAGUAUUGGGAGAAGCACAGGAUGAGAUUAUGUUUAAUGUAGGCCCCUCUCCCUCGGGAUCUAAUGUCCUUCCCGAGAGGGAGGAGGCUAUACCAUCCGUUUCAUUAUUUCAGGUUCGAAAUCAAGCAAGAUGGCGGCUGUUUGGGUGUUACUAGUCCUGAGGGGUCCCCCCUCCUUGGAUGGCCUCCUUUUGCAUUUCUUCUCACAGCUGCCUCUAAAUCUUAUGGCUGUCAUAAUUCUCACGGCCUAUCACUGGGCUGUUGAAAACCUAGACGUCAAUUGUCUAGAGAUCUCUUCAUCAAUCUUGGUGGUGCUAUUCCACCUUAAAAGAUGACCUUCAUUCUUCUAUGUGGAGCUAAUAACUACUGCUUGAGCUUUCUUUGUAGGGAUGUGACAUUCCCACCUCAAAGAUGAAAAAGAAAUAAAUCUUCCCAUGGCGCGGGGAUCUGCUACGAUCCUUUAUCCUAAUGUUUAACUGGAGCAUGCACAAAUGUCACCCAUUCCUCUGGCGGCGGCUUAGCCUGUGAGAAAGAACAAGAUCAAAACGACGACUCCCCUCGUUUUUUCGUCUUGCGUGUCCUAUCAGUUCUCUAAUAAGAUUUUCAAUUUCUCCGUAAAAGUGUGUGCUACUGAAUCUGAAAGUGUAUUUAUGUCUGUUGACACUGAAUACGAGAGGGUGGAGAGAGUAGACUUGUGACGUCACGACUGCCGCCAUUUUGAAGUGUGAUGUCACAGCGGUUUGUUCAUACGCAAACAAACCUUCAGUCUUAACAAUAGGAUAAUUUCUAGGGCCUAGCUGGAUCCGGUUAAAAACCAGAUGAAAGCAAGGAAUCUUGUGAUAUCUGGCAACGCAUGUGUAGAUCGGGUGAAGUGUGGUCAAGGACCACGCUCCUACGCCACUGAGUCAGUCUUUUCUUUAACCGCCUUGGCGAGAGUCGUGUUUAACCUCUCUUGGCCUUUAUCCGGUUCAUUGCCCGUUUCGCUUGUGUUUAGUGUGUGUUUGGCUGAUAUUAUGGCUUCUUCUGCUCCUUCUCAGCUUUGUCAACGUGUGUGCCCUGGAAUUCCAGGUUUUUUGUGUUCUCGUUUUUUGGCUUCGGCAGCGACUGACCCCCACAUCACGUGCAGUAGGUGCCAUUCUAAUUUUUGUACUAUAACGAAUCCUUGCACGGAAUGCCAGGCAUGGUCUAAAGAGCAAUGGAAGUCAUUUUAUAGCAAGAGGGAACAUCGGAGGGUUUUGACUCUUCCUUCAUAGGAAGGUUUAUCGCCUCUUCCCGAUGCUUCGUCUCCUGCAGUAUGCAACCCCAAUAGUAGCGUUCUUCCUGUGUCUCCUUCCUUUUCUUCCAUUGAUUUGUCGCUGGAAGUAUUGGGAGGCCACCAGGCUGAUGUUUGUAAUGUCGCCCCUUCUUCUUCAGGAGUUAAUUUGAUUCCUGGGAAGGGGGAGGCUUUUUCAUCAUUCUCAUUUCUUCCAGAGUCGGAGGCGUCCAAAAUGGCGGCAAUUUGGAAGACACUCGGCUAGGGGGCCCCCAUCCUUGGAAGGGUUGCACUUUAUGGAGGCUGGCCAGGCCAUCCCCCCCUCCUCCCGGCCUCGUCUUUGUGGGUAACCGAGGUCAGCCAUAUGGUAUUGCUCCGCCAGUGACUGCUGCCACUUCUUUGAGUCAGAGGGACGCUGUGGCGUCAACCCCGUUGAUGACGUCACGGAAUCUGCCUUUGUGUAUUCCUCCGCCAGUGGCGUCUGAUUCCCCUUCGCACUGAGGGGAAGCCGUGAUGUCACCACCACUUGCAACAUCACUCCCAUCGAUGACGUCACUCCCAGUCGUCUCCUCUGCCCUGCCUCUCUCAGCCGUGACGUCAUCCCUGCCACCCAGUUCACUACAUCUCCCUUCCAUGUCAUCGGAGCCUUCUCUGGCACAUCAGUCUGAGGUUAUAUGCCAGGCAGUGCUUCAGAGGUUGGACUCUGUUUUGGAUGUAAAGUUGGCAGCCUUAUUGGUUGGGAGGGCUGGUAGGAAACGUGUUGCUUCAUCCCCACCUCCUGCGAAGAGAUCGCAUAAGAAACCAGUGCUGUCUUCCUCUCCCUCUUCCCCCUCUACGCCACGUCGGCGUAUCAAGUGUUGGAAGGCUAAGGACUUUGCCCUUUCUUCACCUACGAGGGAGGAACAACGUGGAUGUCUUCUCGAGUGUUGGUGUUUCAGGUAGUGUUAGUGUACUUUGCCUUGUGCAAUCUGCAGGGGUGCUUCGUCCUCUGCUUCGAAUCAUAGGCGUGUUACAACCUCCCCCAUCUGUGCUCCUCACGAGCGUGUUGCAACCUCCCCUGUCCAUGCACAUCGUGAGCAUGUUGCAACCUCCCCUGCCCGUGCACAUGAUGGAAGUGCUCCUUCUUCUCCAAGGCCUUUUCGUCGCCGUAAGGAUCUCAAGGCACCUGUCAAGAGAUCGAAGGUAGUGAGCGCAGAGUUGGUAUAGCAGGAGUGUUUCCCUGCAUCUCUCAUUGGUGCUUCCAAGAGUUUGACUCUGAGGGAUUCUCCUUUGAUCUCGAGUAUUCGGGAUUCCCCUCCAUCUCACGUUAGUACGUCUGCCACGCCCGUGACCAUUCACGGACAGGUUAAUGAGUCAUCUGUUGGAGGAGUACGUAGUAAUGUUCCUAGUGUUAUAGUGGGUUCGUCUUGGGGGCCGAUGCAUGAACUCAGCCCAGACAGAUUAGUUGGGGUUUCGGGCUGUUUGGCUGCUAACCCUUCUGUUAAUUUUAGUGGGGAAGGUGCCUUAGAGGAGCCUACACAUCCUUCUCAUCGUCGGUCUCCGUUGCCAGAGCAGGAGGAGGGAGACAUGCAAGAGUUUUUGUCUUCCUUUUCAGAAGUUGUUGAUCUUAUUCGUGGGUUUAACAAUUUGGAAAGUAGGACUCAGGCUCAGUCGUCUUACACUCCUUCUUGCUUGGAAGCCUUGGUGGGAGCUACACAAGAUCCCAAAUCCUUGUUCAUCCGAUAUCCAGGAAGUUCCUUUGCUUCUUUCUUGGGGACAAGGUCUUCGAGUUCAAAAUCUUGCGCUUCGGGCUGACGACAGCCCCUCAGCCCCUCAAGUGUUCACAAGGGUCUUUUCUCUCGUGUCAAGUUGGGCCCAUGCUCAAGGGAUCAGUGUGCUGAGGUACCUCGACGAUUGGUUAGUCUUGGCAGUUUCCAGGGAAAAGCUGCUGCAGGACAGGGAUCAUCUACUUCGGUUCUGUCUGGAACUGGGCAUAUUAGUCAACCAGGAAAAGUCGAACCUUGUACCCAGUCAAAGGGUUCUCUACCUGGGCAUGGUCAUUGAUAUGACAGUGGCAAAAGUUCUCCCGUCGGAUCAGAGAUGGGAGAAGUUGAAGGUGGUGGCGCGCAACUUCCUAUCGGAAUCACAUCAGUCAGCUCAUCAGUGGCAGGUUCUCCUGGGAGUGUUGUCUUCCCUGGAGAAGCUGGUCCCUCAUGGGCGUCUUCAUCUUCAGUCUCUGCAAUGAAGACUAGGAGAAUUCUGGUCUCCGGCGGGGGACUCACCCCUGUUAAUGGUUCCUCUGUCUCUGGAAGUGAGAGAAGACCUUUGCCUUCUAUUCUCAGAUGCCUCCCUCGCAGGUUAGGGGGCUCAUUUAGGCGAACUCAUCGCUUCAGGUGUUUGGAGUUUGGAGGACAAGCAGCAACAUAUCAACGUCAUGGAGUUGAAGGCAGACUUCCUGGGUCUGAAGGAGUUUUGGGAGAAGGUAGGUCAUUCUAUCAUUCUCAUGUCGGACAACACCACGGUGGUAGCCUGUGUGAACAAACAGGGAGGCCUGGUUUCUCGUCAACUUCACGCCUUGACCGUCGAGAUUCACUAGUGGGCGGUGAGCAAUUUGGUAGAGCUCUCAGCCAGGUAUAUCCCAGGCAAACGGAAUAUGGUCGCAGACGAACUCAGUCGCCGGGAUCAGGGAUCAGAUCUUAGGCACGGAGUGGUCCCUUCAUCAAGUGGUAGCAGACAAGCUUUUCCAGGUUUGGGGGAGACCCAUGCUGGACCUUUUUGCGACUCGCUUCAACAGGAAGCUGGAGAUAUUCUGUUCUGUGGUUCCAGAUCCUUUAGCAUUGGCAGAGAACGCAUUCCAACAUCCCUUGGACAACCUGGAGGUGUAUGCCUUCCCUCCGUUUUGUUUGAUCCGUCAGGUUCUGAACAGGCUAAUGAGUUCACAGGGUCUCAGGAUGACUUUGGUAACCCCUAUGUGGCCUCAGGCAGAAUGGUUCCCAGAUCUGCUGUCGUUGUUGUCAGAGGUUCCGAGGGAGAUUCCCCCUUGGCGACAUCUCUUGUGUCAGCUCCAUGCGGAAAGGUUUCACCAGUCAGUAGAAUCCCUGUCUUUUCACGGUUGGAGGCUAUUAAGUAUCUCCUCCGAGCAAAAGGCAUUUCUCAGAGAACAGCAGGGCAUAUGUCCAGGAGUCUUAGAAGGUCGACCUCCGUGGUUUACCUAGGCAAAUGGGCGAUCUACUGUGAUUGGUGUCGUAAACCGGGUUUUCCUCCACUUGCAACCUCUAUUCAGCGAAUAGCAGACUUUUUAACCCUCCUCAGAGCCGAGAAACAUUUGUCCGUUUCUGCCAUUAGAGGCUACAGGGCAGCCCUGAGUUUGGUGUUACGCCUUAAAGGUAUCGACAUCUCUUCCUUGGAACUUUCCCUGCUAGUUAAGGGGUUUGAAAAAUCGAGUUCUCCUAGAGAGCUCAAGCCUCCGACGUGGGAUGUUUCCUUUGUUCUAAAGAGCUUCACUAAGAGUCCAUAUGAGCCCUUGCGUCGCUCAUCUGACAGGAACUUGAUGCUCUAGACAGUUUUCCUUCUGGCCUUGGCAUCUUCCAAGAGGGUAGGAGAGCUAUGAGGUGAAGCACACCAGGGUUGGUGUUCUUCGAAUUUGUCCAGAAUUCGUGGCCAAGACCCAAAAAUCCCUUUGUGUGCAAUGACAGGUUCACUUCGUUUUCCAUUCCAUCACUGAUUGACUUUGUGGGUGGUGAUGCUCAAGAGCUUUUGUUGUGCCCUGUCCAGGCCUUGCGUUGCUAUCUUAAAAGGACUUGGCACCUUAGACCAGGCUGCCGCAGACUUUUUGUUAGCACAGGCCAUACAAAGAAAGAGGUGUCUAAGAAUACUAUCGCCUUUUGGAUACGGGAAGCUAUCAAACAGGCAUACUUGACUCUUGAUGAUUCCACCGCCACAUCUGUGCAGGCUAGAGCGCAUGACGUUAGAGGUAUUGGUCCCUCUCUGGCUUUCAAAAAGAACUUUGCUGUACAUAGAGUGCGGAGCGUUGGUACUUGGUUACGCCAGUCCACGUUCAUCUCUUUCUAUCUUAAGGAUGUUGCCCACAGAUCUGCGGACACGUUUUCCCUGGGUCCUGUGGUGGCUGCCCAACAGGUUGUGUAACUCAUGGUUGCCCUUAACAGGGCACUUUUGUAUCUUACCUAAGAUGAUUGUGUGGAUGAGAGAAUGAGUGAGUUGGCUGGUCUCCUUCUUUCUCUUGUACCUUUCCGUCUUCCUUCGGGCGGGUUAAGGAAUAUACGUAUCAUUAUACGUAUGUCACUCAGGGUCUGAGUGGUUAGAUAUCAAUUUAUCUAGCUUCUCAACGGGCUUCAGUCCCUCUCCAGAAAUCAUUUCUUCUGGAAGCUGGACCGUUGGGUAGGCCCCCAGCCAGUCUAGGAUGUCUUGUACCUCCCUCCUAGUAUGAGUCUAUCCUAUUGUAAAACUGAAGGCUUGUUCGGGUAUGAAAAAAUGACAAAUUUUCUAAGACAAUUUGUAUUUUUCAUAGCUACAAACCUGAGGUCUUAACAUUAUACUGCCUGCCUCUAGCCACCCCUCUGUUUGUUAAGACAUCCUGAGUUGGGAAAGACUGACGCAGUGGCGUAGGUGCCUGGUCCUUGACCACUCUUCACCCGAUCUAUGCAUGUGUUGCCAGAUAUCACAAGAUUCCUUGCUUUCAUCUGCUUUUUAACCGGAUCCAGGUAGGCGCUAGAAAUUAUCCUAUUGUUAAGACCUCAGGUUUGUAGUUAUGAAAAAUACAAAUUGUCUUCGAAAAUUUUUCAUUUUGGUUAUGACGGCAUCAGGCUUGGUGGAGAGCUCUAGGAUGUUGGGGGUACUCUUGCGGGCAUGACAAAGACCCAAAAUGCUGGGGCAUUGUUACGUUUUACAAGAAUGUGACAUUCCUGGCUCAAAGAUGAAGGAAAAAUUAUUCUUCUCCUCUUGGCACAAGGAUCAGUCACAAAGUCCCCUAGAAGAAAUAAAAGAAUUCUCUCUAAGCGCUCUUGAAUAACCACCCAGAACGUUCUCUGUCUUUCUCACUGCCACACUAGAUGAAGCUUCCACCUGUCCAUCAUUCAACUUGUUCAGAGUCUACAACUACCCGUUGUGCUUUUUUUUCUCUAGUAGGGAUGUGACAGUCCUGGUUCGAAGAUGGAGAAGAGGCAUGGGAUCAGCCAUGAAGUCCCUUAUUCUCCAACGUUUGAUUGGAGAACACACUGGCGUCAGCUUCACCGAAGCUUGUGUUGAUGUUGAAGCGGGAGAAGAACAAGAAAAAGACAGAAUCUCUUGCAUGUUUGUUAUUUCUUCUAACACUUGCAAUUCUCCAAAAAUGUGUGUCACUGAAUCAGGAAGUCUAGUUGUACAGUUCUCCCAAAGCCCCUCCUGAUGCAUCCAAAGACGAAUCCAUAGGUGAACCAGAUCGGGUACGUGUAAUAUAUCCUUGUACAGGUGGCAAAGCAACUGGAUCAGCCUAAUGUGAGGCAGAACCACAGCAGGUGAAGUCGAUAUACCAUCCUUAGAUAGUGUUUGUAUCCUCCUUCUGCUGCACUGCUCCUACUCAUUAAACCUCCUCCAUUGCCCCAUCAACCAAAAACCACAUACUACCUCACAUGGACUGGAAUCUGAACAUAGCUUUUCUCUGCACCUACUACAUGGAUGUGGCUGUGUGCUCCGAUGUUAAGAAACGUGAAGAAGAUACCAAAGCAAAGAAAGGGUAAACUAAACUGGCUUUAAAAGGACAGAAGCAAAGCACGUCCUCUCUUAAAGGCGUUAAGAAAAUAACUAGCAUGGUCAUGGGUUAGAGGGGCAUGUGGGUGGCUCAACAUGACUCGUGACCAAGCACAGAUGCCAGUAGUCCCUUGCGUACACAAUUUUGUUAACUGCUGAUUUUCCAGCUGGCACUAGAAGUUACCCUAAUGUUGAGACUGAGGGUUUGUUUUGUAUAUGAACAAAUUUCUUUUGCAUGGAGAGAGGAGGUGGGAGUAACAUGCUUUGUCUACUAUCUGCAAGGGAACUUACGUACUUACCCCCACAUCACGGAACUCACGCCAUGGGAAAUCUCUGACUUUGGCUAAAACACCAUGGGAAAGCUCUGAUCUUGGUAACCUCCUAGAAACACUGCUUCAAAUUGGUGGGAAGGGUCUUCAGUGGAUCGAGGCCCCUUGGAACUAAUUCUCCGCCUGCAGAAAUGCCUGCAGCAUCCAACAUAGUGGAAACAUCUUGCUGCUCCAAAUAUCCCUUUCACUCCUGUUCUGGCAACAACAACACCCUAGAGAUGACAGAUGAUGGACCUGGGGAUGAUGCUGAAGAUACUAUGGGGUCAGGGACAAAUGCCAAGCAGUGUUAGAGCGAAGAACAUAGAGACAGUGCCUGAGGCUAGGUGAACGGAUUCCUCAUGGGGACAGUCCUGCCCCAGAUCACUCCCUCUUUGGCUGGUGAUGGGAAGCAUUGUGUUUCGAAGGAAGUGACCAGCCUCUCUAGCAAGUCCUCCAAUGACUGAUACAAUUAACUCCAGUGGAUCCUAUUCGUCAGUCUAUAAGAAGAAUGAAAGCAAUGCAGGGAAAGAUAGUGCCACAAGCGCCAUCCAGUGUAACGAUGACAAUUGUCCCAGGUAGAACAGCUAUCCCAAGACCAAACCCCUGACUGAAGGCGAGCAGGAGACAUUGCACCUCUGCCUCAAUUGCUGGUCACAGGCUCUGCAGGGGUUCCUUUACAACAAAUGAUGCAAUGGACAGUGAGAGAGAGAGAGACUAGGCUAGAGGGGGGGGUGGUCUCUUCCUCUUCCCCAUUGAUCUCCCACUCUCUUGUGACAACCUGUACACCCAUGAGGAAGGGGGUGCUGGAUGAGAUGUUUACCCCCCUUCACAUCCUCAGCUACUGGAGGAACAUCUGGUAGUUGGGGUUAACAGUUAACACUUCCUCACACACACUCUCCCAAUGAAGGAAUCCAAAAAGGCCUUCCUAAACUGAAGUAAUGAAGCUGAUUGCUUAGCCUCAUCACCUGAAGAGAGAUGAAUGGGUUUGUCAAGAAGUAGAAGCGUGAGAGGAGGGGAAUGGAAACAGGCAUCACUUCCAGCAUAGGCCCAACGUCAAGGAAAGCUAGGAACCGCUUCCUUUGCCAUCUGAGGCAAUGCUCCCAUUAUUGUGAAUCACGAGUGUAUGAUUUCUAGAAAAAGUGAGGGUCUACUGCAAAGGGAGAGAUGACUUGACUUAAAAGGUCAAUUAUGGCCCUCACAGCAGCAGUGAUCCUUUUAUUCAUCAUGAAAAUUAAUUUGAAAACUUACUACACAAAACUCAAGAAAACAAAGCAAAUGCAUAGACACUGAAUGUCAGAAUACAAAAGAAUAAAGGAAAAAAGGUACUUAUCCAGACCACAAGCAGACAAAUAAUGAAAUGACGCAAAGAACUUGUUACUCAUUUGACGGCUAGGGACAUGAUCAUUGGUAUAGGUUGGGAAGUGUGGUUUACAGCUGGCACAGCACAUGAGCUGUAGGAUACUCCAUGUAGGAAUCCAGUAUAUUUGCUGUAGGAUUCUCCAUGUGUAAAUGAAGAUAAUUUAAAUAUAAUAAUAAUUUUCAAGAAUUUUUUCAUACCCUUCUGCUAUAUAUUAAUUAAUAUUACCAUAAUGCAAAUAUUUGGUCAUGAACAAGACAGCAAAAUUGAAAACUAAAUGAAGAUCAGCAUGUGGGUACAUGAUUUUUUUUUACAUGCAAGUUUUUUUAGUGUUUCGUCACAAUGAUGAAAUAUAUUUUUCUUGUGUGGGACAUUUUAGUUAUCCUGAUACAACUGCUCUUACAUUUCAAACACAGAUAGGACGUGUUCCCUGUCUAUCUGUUUAAAGCCGGUUUUAGUUUCACCGUUUUUAUCCAUUUCACUUUCAUUUUUCUUAUUAAUUCUCUUUAUCCGAGUGUGCUCGGUGUGGGUGUGAGCUGUAAGAGUGUGUAAGUGGUGAGAUGGAGUGUUUGUAUCGCCGUCGGGAUCUUCUUCCGUUUCGAAGACAAGACAAAGGAAAUGCCCUGGAGUCAGUGGCUUUCCGUGUUCAAGAUUCCUAACUUCGGUGUCAACGGAUCCUCAUCCAACGUGUAGUAGGUGCAGGGAAAAUGUAUGUACAAUUACUAAUCCUUGUUCUGUUUGUCGUGGUUGGUCGGUGAAACAGUGAAGGAAGUUUUAUGAGAAAGGCCAGUACAAAAGAAAGGAGUCAGCGCCAUCUUUGGAUGACCAAAUGUUGCUGGCUUCUUUUGUAUCAGCAAUACACCAGACUGCUCCAUAUGUUUCGCCUCCUGCCUUUGGUUUGUCCCAUACCCCUUCAGUUUCUCCCAGUGGUUUGUUUUCAGAAAUGCCAGGAGGGGUUUUGGGUAAUUUGAUGCAUAAUAUAUACACUCCGUUGUUCCCAGCAGGGAGGGGGGGAGCAUCGCCAUCUUUGUUCCAGGUGCCUGCUCCCGACUCGAACAGGAUGGAAGGUACGUGGGCGGCACUAGGCCUUCCAGGCGUACCAACCUUGGAAGGUUUGCUGUCGCAUUCUAUGGCGUCACGGUUCCAGCAGAAUUUGGCAGCGCUGAAUAUUCCUCAUCCCCCGGGCUUGCACUUUAUGGGGAAUAAUGUCAGGCAAUGCCAACAACUUCAUUGGUUACAGCAAUGCAGAACGUUGGGGGUAAUUUUGCUGCAAACGCAGGGAUGCCAGCAGCAGCAGCAGCCCAGUCUCUCCCUACAAGAUUGGUGACGUCACAACCGACGUCGCACCCCGACAUGGCUGACGCGAUGACGUCACAGCCUACUGCUUCUCAGUCUUCCUCGCUGCCUCCGGACUCAAAUAUGCUUUCUGACUUGGUAGUACACACUGUAAUGAAGAAAUUACAGGAUCUUGAGAAGAAAAUUAAUAAGAAAGACAAAAAGAAAAGGUGUGAUUCGUCUCCUUCCUCUAGCUCGCCGUCAAGGCAUGUACCAGUCAAGCGUUGGAGGAUACUGGAUUUCACGACUGAUCCUCGGGCCAAGAGGAGAAGAGUGAAUUCUUCUUCAUCUUCGAGCCAGGACGGUCACAUCCCAGUCAGCAAGAAAGGCAAGAAGUCAUUGGGUGGUAAGCUCAAAGCUAGAGGGCGAAGCCGUUUACAAGAGUCCGAACGAGCGAGUGAGUCGCGGCCGAUGGGAUAACGGCCGACGCGGAGUUACCAGUAGACUAAAAAGAGUCAAAGAAAAUCUAGUGUCGUUGGCAAAAUCGGCGUUUGGGGCGAAAAGUAGAGCAAAGGAUAGAGCACAGAUACCGGUUUCGCCUGUAAGACCGUUUAAAAUAUGGAGAAAAGAUGAUAAGGCUCCUAUUAAAAGGUCGAAAAAUAGCGAGUUGGCAACCUCGUCUGAUACGUUGGUGGAAGGCGUUGUCCGCCUAGAUGGAGGAUCAAGGCCAAAUUCUCCGAUGGUCGUUGGAGACGAUAUUAAUCGUCAUGGAGAGGAAGUGAGCUCGGUUUUGAGAGAGCCUUCAUCUUGGAGGUAUAGGAGAGAUUCUCGCUCUAGAUCCGCAAGCAGAGAAGGAGUGAGGUGGUCUCGUUCUCCUGCUGACUAUUCGGGAUCGAGCCGUCGGCGGUCAGCAGAGAUCAAAGGGGCCGCGGCCGUAGGGGCAGACGGCCACGAAGCACCCGGACGUUUGUCAGGGGAUAGGAGUGAGAUAGCGUCUCCUGUGGCUGAGCACAGUACGCUAGAAUCGGAGGAAGGACAGAACCAAGAGUUUCUGGCUUCGUAUGCCGAGGUGAUUGAUUUGAUUCGUCAAUUAAAUAACCUUUCAGAGAGAACGGAAACACCUGCCAGUAUGCUUCCUCCGGGGAUUGACAUGGCGUUUGGUGCAAAAAAGGAUACCAAAAUGUCUUAUGAAUUGCCUUGUUCAAAUCAUGCAGAGUCCGUUUUACAACACGUGAAAGCACGGAUUGCAGGAAGGGAUAAUUCCUUAAGAUCAAAUAGAUCGUUGAAGUUUAUCCCUCCUCCAAUGAUGAAACAGAAAAUAUUAUACGACACUGAUGGUUCCUUUACUGUCUAGACAAAUGAACCCAAAUGUGGUAAGGUUAAGGCCUGGAUUAACCUUAGAUCAAGUGAAAAUGGAAUGCCCUUCGAUGACUUGCCAAGAAGAUGCUACGUUAGAAGCAACAGCUUCUUCUGUCUUUCAGACUGCUUCUUGGCUGGAUCUUUGGUCAACAGCAGUUGCGAAUAUUGCAUCCUCAGAAGUGAUGAGGAAGGCAGUGGAUGAAUCAAUGUUCAUUGGAUUACUACAAUCAGGGGCCAAAGCAAUUGCUUACUUGACAAAUUUAAGUGCCAAUGUUUGGGGAAAUAUCCUGUUAAUGAGGAGGGAUGCAGCUUUGGCUAGACUUAAGUCACACUGUUGAUUUGGAUUCCCUGCUAGCAAUGAUGAAUGGGAAUAUCUUAGAGUUGCAAUUGCUCUUGCCAGAGGCUAUAAUAGAAGAGGCUAUAGAUAGAAGAAGGAUGGACACUAACGAUAGAUUGGUACAGCAGGCAGUUAGGAAAACAUCUAGCAGUCAAGCUAAUUCUAUGGAGGUAAGGCAGCAGCAAAUACCUCGGAAGAAGCCAGUGAGGCAUAACAUCCCUAAUAGAGCAAGACUCUCUUCCCCAAAGAAGUUAACUCAUUGGCCCUUUCACAAUAGAAAUAACAGAGGAAGGGGCUCAAGACGAUAGGAUAGGCGCCUCUCAUCACUCAGCCACACCAGUGGGGGGUUGCCUGGCAAAUCACUGGAAGGUGUGGCAGGAACUGGGAGCAGAACAGUGGGUGGUGGAGGUUCUCAGAGUCGGGUAUUUGAUUCCGUUCGAAGUAUCCCCACCCCUGACAGAACAGCCAUUGCCUCACCUCACUUAUGCUCAAGAAACUCGGAAGGCUUUUAUUCUGCAAGAGGAAGUGAAGAUGAUGAUGGAAAAAGGGGCUGUGGAACAAGUAUCCAUCCGUCAAAGGGGUUUUACAGCAGGAUUUUCCUUGGACCCAAAGCCAGUGGGGACUGGAGGACAGUAAUAGGCCUGUCAACUUUGAAUCUGUUUAUAAGAAAAGCCAGAUUCAAAAUGGAAACUCCAAAGACGGUUCUACAAGCAGUCAGGAUCAAGGACUUAAUGCUGACAGUCGACUUAAAAGACGCAUACUUUCAGAUCCCAGUCCAUCAGUCUUCCAGGAAAUUUCUCCGCUUGAGUCUUGCUGAGAAAGUUUUCGAGUUCAAAGUUCUGUGCUUUGGAUUGACAACAUCCCCUCAAGUUUUUACAAGAGUGUUCACUCUCGUGUCGACAUGGGCACAUGCUCAAGGGAUCAGGCUAAUAAGAUAUCUAGACGAUUGGCUGGUGAUAGCAAAGUCCAGAGAGAUAUUACUCAGGGACAGGGCGACCCUUCUACAGUUUUGUCACAGCUUAGGCGUUGUGAUAAAUCAGGAGAAGUCGCAGUUGGAUCCAAGUCAGCGGCUGGUGUAUCUGGGAAUGGUUAUAGACACAAUAAAAGCCAAAGUAUUCCAGACAGACCAGAGAGUAGAGAAAUGCAAACAAGUGGUGAAUGCCUUUCUGGAAAAACAAACACAGCUGACAAAACAGUGGCCAGUAGUACUGGGAGUUCUAACUUUCUUGGAGAAGCUAGUACCACAAGGGAGGUUACACCUUCGAUCUCUACAAUGGAGGAUGAAGGAGUUCUGGUCACCAAUAGUAGAUCACCUGUACGAGCAGAUUCCCUUGUCGGCAGAAGUGAGGAAAGACUUGCUGUGGUGGGUGAAGGACAGCAAUCUGAAAGAGGGUGUUCCCCUUCAGUAACCCUCCCUGGAUCUCCUGCUGUUCUCAGAUGCGCCACUAGAAGGUUGAGGAGCGCAUAUGAAGGAGCUGAUGGUUUCAGAAAAAUGGAGCGGCGAGGACAGAAAACUCCACAUAAAUGUGCUGGAGCUAAAAGCAGCUUUUCUAGCACUACAGGAAUUCUGGGAGAGGGUGCAGGGGCAUUCAGUGGUUUUGAUGUCAGACAACACACAGUAGUAGCUUACAUAAACAAACAAGGAGAGGCCUAGUGUCUCGACAGUUACAUGUGAUGACAGUUCAACUUCAUCAGUGGGCCGUAGAGAACGUAGUAGACAUCAGGGCCAGAUAUAUUCCGGGGAAAAAGAAACAUAGUGGUCAACAAGUUGAGCCGCAGGGAUCAGAUCCUGGGAAUGGAGUGGUCCUUGCACCAACAAGUAGUGGACAGAAUGCUCAUGUUGUAGGAAAGGCCGAUCAUCGACCUAUUCCCAACCAGGUACAACAAAAAGUUGUGACUGUAUUGUUCGGUAGUCCCGGACGUAGAGGCAGUAGCAGAAGAUGCGCUACAACACCCUUGGGACAAUCUGGACGUCUAUGCAUUUCCUCCAUUUUGUCUAAUCUGUCAGGUUCUGAACAGGGUAAUGCAGUCUCAGAACCUCAGAAUGACUCUGCUAGCUCCGUUAUGGCCAAAGGCAGAAUGGUUUUCGGACCUCUUGGAACUCCUGAUAGACAUGCCGAGAGAGUUACCCCCAUGGAACAACCUGCUAUGUCAGCUGCACGUGGAGAGGUACCACCGGUCGGUGAAGUCCCUAUCACUUCACGGGUGGAGACUGUCGAAUAUCUCUUGUGAGCGAGAGGGUUUUCGCAAACAGCAGCAGCGCAGAUGGCAGGAAAUAUCAGAAAGUCAUCGGCAGCAGUAUACCAAGGAAAUGGUCAGCAUACUGUGAUUGGUGUCGUAGAGGGAACUUGUCUCCACUCGGUACCACUAUUCAGCAAUUAUCAGACUUUCUGAUAUAUCUCAGGACAGAAAGGCAUAUGUCUGUGUCUGCGGUGAAGGGGUACAGAGCUGCUCUAGCCUUGGUCUUACGCAUGAAAGGCAUGGACAUUUCAUCUUCAUGGGAUUUGGCCAUGUUGACGAAGAGCUUUGAGCAGUCAUGUUUACCAAAGGAACUGAAAGCCCCAGAUUGGGAUUUGACCAUGGUACUGAGUAGUCUGACAAAACCCCCCUACGAACCACUAAGGCAGUCCACAGAUAGGAGCCUGACCCUGAAGACAGUCUUCUUAUUGGCUCUAGCUUCAACCAAAAGGGUGGGGGAACUACAUGGCCUGUCAUAUAUUGUACAGCACUCGAGAGGUUGGAAGUCAAUGGCAUUCGAGUUUGUGCCAGAAUUUGUGGCCAAAACUCAAAACCCAUCAAUAGUGGACGGCAGAUUUGACUUUUUUCCAUACCUUCUCUGGCAGAUUUUGUAGAUCAUGACAAAGAUGAGAUGCUUCUGUGUCCCGUCAGGGUAACAAGAGAGUACUUAAGGAGCACAAGGCACCUCUGGCCGGGGUGCAAGAGGUUGUUCGUAAGUACAAGACGGAACAAAAAGGAAGUGUCCAGGAAUACAAUAUAGUUUUGGCUAAGAGAAACGAUCAGGAAUGCCUACAUGACAGAAGACAGGUAGUCAGAUAGCCAGGAGAGGGCUAAGGCUCAUGACAUUAGAGGCUUGAGUGCUUCUUUGGCAUUCAAGAAGAAUAUGUCUGUGGAGAGAUUUCUGAAAGCUGGUGUUUGGAAACGCCAAACGACUUUCACUUCCUUUUAUUUAAAAGACAUGGCCCAUAGAUCCUUGGAUCUGGUGGUGGCGGCCCAGCAAGUGGUAUAGCUCAUCCAGUACCCCUGGCGGGUCAGUUUGUGUCUAGUCUAAGAUGAAGAUAUGAAAGUAGAAUGAAUGGGAUGACUGGACUUUUUUUCUUUGCUACUUUCUUUAUACUCCUUUACCUACGGGCAGUAUGAAGGAGAGUACCAUCAUGAGCUGGAACGGACUAGAUGUAGGUGAGGUGGUAAGCCAUACUGUAAAGUUAUGUUAGAGUAUAGUAUACUUUUCAGUAGCAACACACCCCUCUCGGUAAUAAGGAAGGAGGGGUGAUGGUAGAUCCAGAUACAAGGGACAAGGUUCCUAAAGCUUACAGCAGUAACAGAAAGGCACACCGCAAAUAGACACUACUAUUUUUAGACUAUUGUUAUAUGAAAAUCCAUUGUACUUUUUAUAUUUUAUUUUCCCAGAUUACUUUGUUAGACUUAUGAACAAUAUGAAAUGUCAAUAAGUUUGUUCAUUUACAAAAUGUUAGCACCCUCAGUUAUGAACUGGAUUAUACAGAAAUUUGGCUAUACUAUUCCAAAAUCACAUUAAAACCCAACAAUAAAAACAGCUGAAAAAUAUAACAACCACAAGAAAAGUAUUAAACUUGUACCCAACAAUAUAAAACUUUAAAAAACAAGACAAGUUUAUGUAACUGGUAAUAUUCAGAGUUAACUUAGGCAAAUAUAUUUGCAAGCCUAAAAUACAUGUAAACCCAAUAACUAAUUAAUCUGGCAAUUCAUUGGUCAAAAACUUUACAAGUGUUUCAGGACUGUAAAUUUUAACUGAUUGUAAAGUACUGUUUGGUCAGUAACAGUAAAAAACAAUUUGUGGGACAUUUUAGUUAUCCUGAUACAACUGCUCUUACAUUUCAAACACAGUUAAGUCAUUGAAGUUGUUAUCUAAAUACCAGUUUCUAAAGCUUACAGCAGUAACAGAAAGGCUCACUGCAAACAGAGACUUUACUACUUUUAGACUAUUUUUAUACGAAAAUCCAUUGUACUUUUUAUAUUUUAUUUUCCCAGAUUACUAUUGUUAGAUUUAUGAACAAUAUGAAAUGUCAAUAAGUUUGUUCAUUUACAAAAUGUUAGCACCCUCAGUUAUGAACUGGAUUAUACAGAAAUUUGGCUAUACUAUUCCAAAAUCACAUUAAAACCCAACAAUAAAAACAGCUGAAAAAUAUAACAACCACAAGAAAAGUAUUAAACUUGUACCCAACAAUAUAAAACUUUAAAAAUCAAGGCAAGUUUAUGUAACUGGUAUUAUUCAGAGUUGACUUAGGCAAAUAUAUUUGCAAGUGUAAAAUAUGUAAUCCCAUAUUUGCAAGUGUAAAAUAUGUAAUCCCAAUAACUAAUUAAUUUGGCAAUUCAUUGGUCAAAAACUUUACAAAUGUUUCAGGACUGUAAAUUUUAACUGAAUGUAAAGUACUAUUUGGUCCAUAAAAAAAAAAUAACUU